AUGCCCCUGCGGAUAGGCAGCGACGUGCCGUUUACCAGCACCUCACCAGGCGAGGCCUUCACGGACAGCUCGCUGGACGGAGACCCCAUCCGCGUGCACAAGAGACUAGGCCCGCCAUGGCUGCAAGACGUUCUGCACACAGCCAUGGCACCAGCGGUGGAUCUGCAGUUGGGGCCGUACUUGUACUGCAGCUUCUGCGGCAGUGGCAGGUGA